AUGGAGGCCAGGUCAAUUCCCGCACUAGUCAGCGGACUUGUUGAAUGCGUAGCCCAGCUGAUAAGAAUAGCUGAAGAGCUUUUGCAGUUUAUUUCACAGGAACAACAAGUUCCUUACCCAGUUCCAAGUGGCCUGGACGAAGAAAUUUUACCUCCUUCUGAGGAAGUUCCGCUGCCAGAUCUCGCUGAUCUCUCUGACCUAGAGUCAAUACUUUCACUAAAAGAAGAUGAAGAUCUCAUCCUUGACAUCGAUGAAGCAAUGUUAGAUAUUGACAGCCUUUAUGAUGUGAUACCUACUGAUAAUGAUGACAUAAGCAGUGAGUAA